ACGAGUUCCCAUACGACGUGAUUCAAACACAUCGGCUGGUGUUAGAGUCGAUGUUAAAGUCGAUGGUCAAGUCGAUGGUCAAGUCGAUGUUGCAGUCGAUGCUAGUGUUGAUUCAGCCAGGUAUGAUGAAACCACAGAAGAUGUUGACAUCACUUGUGAGCUGUACCCUCAUCUUUACCACUGUCAUGUCUAGAGUCUCUUCAGCACCCAGUUUUCAUCAGCAGCACGGGUUUUUGGACUUGAAGGCUUAUAGAGCUUACAGCAUCAGGUUGGUGGGAGGUUCACACCCAGGGGAGGGCAACGUGGAACUGGUCAAGGACGGCAGGGGUUACCGGGUGUGUGACGAUAGCUGGGACCUCAACGAUUGCCGCGUCGUCUGCCGGAUGCUGGGAUAUACAGACGGGGGCUACCCAACCUCUCAGACAUAUUUCCCAGACGACAUGUCGGUGCCGAUUCUGUUGGAUGAGGUCCAGUGUGAGGGGACGGAGACUUCUCUGGCGUCAUGUAAGAUCGGGACAUGGAACCACGACUGUACGGGCCAGGAGUUCGCUGGGGUUGUGUGCAGGAAUAACUCACUGCCAGAAACAAGUGGUGAUACAGGUAUUACAACGUGUGGCAACCGACCAUUUGACCACAAGGACGUCUUCAACCACACGCGUGUGUCACGCAGUGCCAGCCACAUCCACCCACACGGACUUCCGGUGUCCGGGGAGGGGUAUCAUUCCUCAAAGAUUAUCGGGGGCCGGGUAUCCACCCACGGGUCCGUCCCCUGGCAGGCGAGGCUGAGUCUCGUGUACAGCUCUAACCAUGUCUUUCAUCGAUGUGGUGGGGUCGUCAUAGGAGAGCACUGGGUACUCACUGCUGCUCAUUGCAUCGGCAAUGCACGUGAGUCACAGUUCCGUGUUGUGGUGGGUGACCACAACGUCAAGAAACACGACGAGGGUGAGCAGACAUUUGGUGUGGAGAAGAUCAUCAUGCACAAGCGGUACAAUAAGAAGACGAAAAACAACGACAUCGCCCUGCUCAAAGUGAAACCAAUUAACGGACGAGGGAUACAGUUCAACGAUUUCGUCCAGCCCGCCUGUUUACCUGGGCCGGAGACCGAGUACAUCGAGGGAACCACCUGUAUCAUCUCAGGCUGGGGGAACAUGGAACGGUCAGGUUCAGGUUCAAAUGUUUAUCCGGAUGUGCUGAUGGAAGCAGACGCUCCACUGAUAGCAGACGAUAUCUGCGAGGCCCGGCUGCCGUCUACCACACCCGCGCGAUUUGACAGGAGGACUAUGUUGUGUGCUGGGUACAUGAGUGGGGAAAUGGACACGUGCAGUGGGGACAGUGGCGGGCCUCUGGUCUGUCAUGUAGAGGGUUCCUACACAGUACUAGGUCUGACGUCAUGGGGCGUUGGGUGCGGCCUACCUAACCUCCCCGGGGUUUACACCAGGGUCAGGGAGUUCUUACCCUGGAUCUAUGACCAUAUCCAGGCCUACAGUGACAGCGAAAAGCAGAUGGAAAUACCCCCUCGUCCUUGACCUAAGAAAACAUGACCUUCGCCUGUACUUCAUAAGAGUUUACAUUAAAAUUUGUUCUUGGUUAAUGUCUCAGAUAUUUUAUUUUAAAACCAAAUAAUUCAUAGAGAAUUAUUCCUGUCAGUGCUUUUAUA